AUGCAGGGCGACGUCGUUUCCGAUCGAGGGAAAGCCCUCGCUGCACAGAGGCCAUCUUUUCUUACUGUACUGGGUGACUUGUGGUCUCCAGCAUCGAACCCGGACGGCAUCGUGAAUCUUGGUCUUGCUGAGAAUCUGCAAACGAACACACAUGCAUUGACCUACGGAGACGGGUUCAGCGGCUCGCACAACCUCAAAGAGAGCCUUUGUCGCUUCAUGAACAACCAGUUUUGCCCGCAGACUACAAUCCGUCCAUCCCAUAUUGUCAUCACAUCGGGCGUCAGCAAUGCGCUCGAAGCUUGUGCUUGGGCUUUGGCGAACUCCGGAGAUUUUGUCAUGGUCGGACGGCCGUAUUUCAAUGCAUUUCGCACGAUAUUUGGUAUCCGGCCAGGCCUAGGACGUUGCUAUCCUGAAGAUGUCUUGAAAGAAUACUUAAAAUUCUGCUCGAGGAAUAGACUUCACAUUAUCUCCGAUGAGAUCUACGCGCUGUCUGUCUGGAAUAACCCUCGUUGUCCCGAUGCCCCAGGUUUUAGAUCGAUCAUGUCUAUAAAGCUGGAAGGGAUUAUUGAUCCAAGUUUGGUGCAUACUGUAUGGGGUUUAAGUAAAGAUUUUGGUGCAACCGGACUGAGGAUUGGAUGCUUGGUUAGUCAGUCGAAUAGACUGCUCUUGGAGGCUGCAGAGGGCAUUUCCCUUCACAAUUUCCCCUCGAGCCUCGCAGACCAGGUCAUCACAUCGCUUCUGCUAGACGAUGGCUUCGUGACAAGGUAUAUUGCGACUAAUCGAGUGCGUUUGGCAGAAAGCUAUGAUUUUGCAACAAAAUGGCUACGGUCCCAUGGAAUCCCGUACCUUGAGUGCAAUGCCGCGUUCUUCCUUUGGAUUAACUUGGGGGCCGUGGUAAAGGACGUCACAGCUGAGGAUAUUCUUGCAAAGCUCCGAAAAGAGAAAAUUUACAUCGCUGCUGGGGAGCAUUAUGCGGCGGAAGAAGCGGCUUGGUUUCGACUGGUUUUUUCGCACCCACCAAACGUCUUAGAGGAGGGACUUAAGCGGAUGAUUCAGUCAAUACAGUGA